AUGGUCAAAGUAGCAGAGAACAGAGUCAUUGACCUUGAUCUACUUCCAGGCAAUCCCAAAGGCGAGGAGCUCGCUGAACAGACCAAAGCUGCAAUCGCCGGCAAAAUCCCUCAAGACCAGGCUCAAGGAAUCUCAUCGAACACACAGAGCGCCGUAGCUGCUCUCGGAGGCACCGUUGGAGGCGGAGUCAAAGGAGUCGUGGACACACUUGGAAACUCAGUCGGUGCACUGGGCGAAGGGUUGACUGGCACUGUCCAAGGUGUAGGUGACGGUGUUGGAAGCACAGUCCAAUUUGCAGGAGGUGCUCUCGGUGCUGGAGCUGGCAAAGUCGGCGGCAUGUUUUCAGGAAGCAAAGGCAGUGAAGAGGCCCUUGAAGCCCACAAAAGCAGACUGCAAGAAGCAUCAGAAGACUCGAAGGAGAUCACGUCGGACCUGGAGGACACAGUUGCGGAGCACAGCAAAGAUGCCACGGCUGCUGCCAAAGACACGGCUCAGGAUACCGCUGACACGGUCAGUGGAGGGGCAGAGCAUACGGAGGACAAGGUGACAGGAGUCUCGUCUUCUUCCUCAUAA